AUGUGUCAACACCCAACAGACUGCGGUGGAGUGUUGGGUUCAGAGGCUGGAGGUGGAGCCAGGGGAUCCUCUGGUUUAGGCGAAGCUGGUGACCUGAGGCACCAAAGCAGAUUCACACACUUGGGUGCAGGAGAUGAAGAGGGGCUGAAGGGUACCAGUGGAGGCGGGGCUGAGGAACUUCCAGUUAGAGGAGGCGGGAGAGGGAGGCUGGGAGGGAUCACAGGAGAUACUGGGCUGGACGGAACCAGCAGGGAAACAGACAGUUCAGGGCUGGACGGAACCAGCGGGGAAACAGACAGUUCAGGGCUGGACGGAACCAGCGGGGAAACAGGCAGUUCAGGGCUGGAUGGAACCAGCGGGGAAACAGACAGUUCAGGGCUGGACGGAACCAGUGGGGACAGAAGAAAUUACCUCCUCAAACACAUUCAAUAG